AGAGAGAGAGAGAGAGAGAGAGAGAAGCACAGAUUAAUCUGCUCACUUCCAUAGGAGGCAGAAUAGAUAUCCUCUGUUCCUCUAUCAUCUUUCUCACCACACAAGAAAGAACAGACAUAGGAGAGGAGAGAGAACAGGAGAGAGAGGGGAGAGAGAGGGGAGGUGAGAAAAUAGAGGAGGAGGAGAGUGAAAGGAGAAAAGGAGACACAGGGCAGUCUAGGUGGUGUUUCAAUGCUGACUGCUUCUGAUGAUGAUGAGGAAGAUGACGAAGAUGAAGAUGAUGAUGAAGUUUUGAGGACACCACUAGCUAGGUCGAGUUAUCCACAGAAGGAAAUGCUUGCAGUGCCAAGAUAACAAUGAUGAUGGUGAUGAAGAGGACUCCUGCAGAAGAUCCGCAGGGAUCCACACCUUUUUGGUGUGAAGCAGGUUGUGGCUGUUUAGUUAAAGUUAAAGGUAAGGUUUUUCUCAGCCCUCUACUGAAGGAUGGGACAUGGCUCCAUGAGUAACAUCACCAGCCUGGUUCAUCCCGUCCCUCUAUGGAGUCACAGAGGAACUCCUCAGCUACGCCUCCAUGGUUGGCCAAUGAGUCUCGCUCUGACUCACCAGACGGGGUUGCCGUGUCCCAGUCGCUGGCGCUCCUGGUCAUGCUCCUCAUGGAUGCGAUGGCUGUGGUCGGCAAUGCAGCUGUCAUGCUGGUCAUCGCUAACGCACCGCAGCUCCGCAAGUUUGUGUUCGUGUUCCACCUGUGCCUGGUGGACCUGCUGGGCGCACUGUUACUUAUGCCCCUGGGCAUGCUCUCGGGCCGCACCUUCGUUAGCGAGACUCUGUGUCGCAGCUACUUGUUCCUCAGUGUGUGCCUGGUCAGUGCCACCAUCCUGUCCAUCUGUGCCAUCAAUGUGGAGAGAUAUUACUACAUCCUUCACCCCAUGCGCUACGAGGUACGCAUGACCCUUGGGCUGGUGGGUGGGGUCCUUAGCGGGAUCUGGGUGAAAGCGCUGGUUAUGUCAGCACUGCCCCUACUGGCCUGGAUAAUGCAGGGGGGGCGGGGCCACUUACUGGAGACAGGAGGAGGUGAGGUCAAUGGGGCUGGGACUGUACCUGCCCCGCCCUCCCAAACAAACAGACGGUGCUCUCUGCACUGGAGUGGGGGUGGAGCAAAUCGUGUGGCAUUCAUGGUUCUUUUUGCACUUGUGUAUUUCCUGUGCCCACUGCUCCUCAUCCUGGUUGUGUACUGCAGCAUGUUUAAGGUGGCUCGCGUGGCGGCCAUGCAGCACGGCCCCCUGCCCACCUGGUCUGACAGCCCACGCCGUGGACGCUCCCAGUCCCUGAGCAGCCGUUCCACUAUGGUAACCAGCUCAGGCUCCGCCUCCCACAGCGAGACAAGUGUAGGUGGCCGUGGCAUGCCCCACCGGCCGUUUGGAGGGGGCAAAGCAGCAGCUGUGCUGGCAGCUGUGGGAGGGCAGUUUCUGUUUUGCUGGAUGCCAUAUUUCUCCUUCCACCUGUAUGCAGCACUAGCGUCCCUGCCUCCUGCAGCUCUGCCGCCCCUGGAGGACGUGGUCACCUGGAUUGGCUACUUCUGCUUCACUUCUAACCCCUUCUUUUAUGGCUGCCUCAACCGGCAGAUACGGCAGGAGCUCAGUAAACACCUACCCUUCCUGUUCCCACCCACAGCGGAGGAGGAGCAGGACCGACUGCCAAGCCGUGAGGGCUCUAUAGAGGAGAAUUUCAUGCAGUUUCUACAGGGAACCGGCUGCAACAUGUACAACCAGGACUCACAAAAUGCCUCAAGUUCCAAAACGCCACCCCAUAGAUCUUCCCCCUUACUUGCACCGCCCCUGCCACAGUCUCAGCCAAUCCCUAUUGACUUCCGUAUCCCUGGACAAAUUGUGGAAGAGACUUCUGAAUUUCUGGAGCAGCAUCAGGUUAAGAACAGUCUUAUCAUUUCAGAUGGCUAGGAUACAGAGAACUCCAUUCCAACAUUCCAGGAUUUCAAUCCAUUCUUAGUUGCAUUAGUUGAUUAAUGUAUUGUGAACUUCCUGUUUAUUGUAUGACAUUCUUUAGUUUAUUUUUCUGACAGAAAUUCUACCUGAAUCAGGUGAUUGCGUGGAGGAGAGUAUGAGCUUAGUGAGGUGUAAGUGAGGUGUUAUCUGCAUCCUGAUUGCAAAACAGCAGCGGUUUUAGGCCACCGCCACUCUGCUGGGGGCCAAAGAGAUUGUUGAAGGCUUGAAACCCAACACUUCUGUUGCUUUAUACCUCUGGGUUUCUUUUUUAUUGUUGGGAAUGAUUAGCUUUUGUUUUACCUUUGAGAAGUAAUCCACUGGAGUACCACUGGAGUGAUCAGAGUGAACAGAGUGAUCCUCUCCCCUCCUCUCUCCCAACUAGAAGCACAUUCACACACUCAGCAUUUGGGACACAGUGGAACCUGAGAAAAUCUUAUAGAGUUCAGGGAAAAUUACAUUCUUGUGUAUUUUAUAGUUGAUUAUUUAUAUGAGUUCCUUCUACAUAUCAAGUGUCUUUUCAGUAAUCCUCAAUCCAAAAAUCCUUCCUCACUUAUUUUGAAUUACUGGUUUGAGUAAUGUUGUGUAUGUAUAAGUUAUAUUUUAUUUAUAUAUUUACCUAGAUGUUAUUUUACCUUGUGUUGAUGUUGUAACUAAAGGGUCAGGUAGAGAACAGACCUACAUACACAUGUACAAUAUCGUAAAUACACAAUACAUAGGAAGCAGCAUAACCCAUUCACAUUGUUCCAUGACCCAUAGUACAGACACAGCAGUGAUGGGCUUCUUCUCUCAAAAUAAUUGAGACAUUAUGGGGUUAGGGUUUCUCCAAAUGGUACAAUCUCUAUAAGGUCAGUGAUUCAGAGAUUAGGGAGUUAGAGUGUUACAACAUCAUUACCAAAUGGUUACAGUCUCAAAAAUAUAGGCAUAAAAUGAAGCUGAACCAAAAAGACCAUACCCUCAUAUGAUGGCAAUAAGUUGGUGUUAGACACAUUUUUUUCUUCCUCUAUGUGUGAAUAUCCAAUAAAAUACACAAUAGGAGGUAGCUGCAGAGUGGGCAACAAAACCUGAGCUAACUAACCAAACAGAAAAGAAAAUACAAUCACUAAACAUUAUAACCAUCACCAAACUAGAGGAAAGAAUGGUGCUCACCGCCUUCAUGAGGGUUAAUUAUCCACUAUACAAAUACAUUAAGAUUAUUUGCUAAAAUUGCAGUUUACACACAAAAGACACAAAAGUGUAUGUGAGUGAAUGAGUGUUCAGGAUGGCUCUAACAGGGCAAGAGAGAUAUGUUACCUUCUGAGCAUCAGGUGAAGUUGGUGCUGGCUAAACCCUCCCCUUGAGGCUGAACACUGACCCUAACCUUAAGUUGUAACCUAAAGCAGCUCCACAGGGAGUGCCACAGCCUCCGGAGGUAGACCACAAGCUUUCCCAUAUUUCAACGGCAAAGGAUCAAUGUUCAUGCAGAUAAUCAAGGAAAGGAAUCUAUCAAAUGCCUGAUAGGGAAUCAGUUGUCUGAACUUUUAUGUACAAGGAUGAUUUACAGAUUACCAAAUAUUCCACCAAGCUGCAGUACAUUCAUGCAGGAGACCAUUUCUUUCACCCAGGUGUCCCUGACUCCUCUGUACUCACAUGUACUCACACACACUUACAAGUGCAUACAGUAGCCCUACCCUUUUCUCUUGCACACAUAGAACAGAGCUACAAAUGAAAUCUUUCUGAGGCAAUGACUACAGAUCUUCUGGGCUGUAGGGAUAGGAGGAUUGUUUGUGCUGUUCAGUGUUGUUGAUAAACAAUGGUUAUUAAAAUGGAACAGCUUCCCCUUU